AUGUCUAGUCUCCCAAGAAGCAUACGGCGAAAUGCCCUGGCUAAAAUCGCUGAACUCUCUGCGACGUCAUCAACUGGAAAUUUUGAGGGUUCUGAUAUUGAGAGGCUCUGUCGUGUUUCUCCCGGCAACAAUAAGUUAUCUGGGCGUGUGAAUGGAAUCAACAAUGAUUCGUCGAGCUCGUUGGCGGGCUCUCCUAUGAACAUUAGGGAAUUUGAAGUACUUCUGGCUUUAUGCAAAGCAGCUCCUCUGAUCGAUAAUACAUACAGCGCGGAGAAGCUUACCAGUCAGUUGAGCCCAUACGUUCUUGAGGCGCAUACACAAUUGUUUGUGCAAUCGCCCCUUUUUCGCGCGAUUGAACCAUCACCCGUCGAGGCACUGAGCUAUAACCUCACCACUGCCCUUCUCUCUAUCGGUAUCAAACAUGGCCACCUACAAAAGCUCAUCUCCGAAAAGUUAUCGAUAUACCUAGACAACUGUGUACAUGCCAGCGAAACUGCUACAGAAAAUCGAGGAGUUAGCUCCGAGUAUGCCACAGAGAUUGAGGAGGCAAUCCACGUUGCAACUGUAACCAUAUCUCUUUUGGGAUUCUUAGAUGCAGUAGCUUCUUUGGUCAAUUUUUGGAGCGCAAAGGAGAGAUUGGACUUGUGUGAACGUGCCAAGGCUAUUUUGUCAGAAGGAUUUUUGGUGGCAGUAGAGACCGCUUUCUCGACUAUUCGUAAUACCCAUCUCCAGAGCAGUCAUGUAAGAGAGUGGAAGAGAUAUGUUCGCCAUUAUGCAGCUAUUGGCCGCCCAUUGGGUGCUAUGCUUCUACAACGGAGUUUUAUGUGGCUGCUCGUUGCAGGGUCAUCGCUUCUACUAGUUGAUGUCGAGAACCUUAGAGACAAAGAUGUUUUGAGCGUAUUAAUGUCACGUCUUGAGGACUCGAGACCCAACACUCCUCGUAAUGAGGAAGUUGAUCCUGAGACGGUCAACACGUUGGCAAACAUUGCCUCGAAUGAAAUAAGUCUUCUCGAAGAUGGUGCGGAUUACCUCCGUUUGGGUUCUGCUUGGCAGCAAAGACUUGCAUUUUCCGUCAAAGCAAGUGCUUUAACUACCUAUAUGAACUGCGCAAUGUUGAGUGUAAGUGACGAUGAAGUUGAACCUGAAACAUUGAUGUCCUGGCUUGAAGAUACUUUGGCGGACCCUGUGCAAAUGGCCGAUGAUACAUUGGCCAAUGUUGUCCUUCGAUCGAUGGCCUUGGUCUCCAAACUCGCCCCUCAAUUGGCUCCAGAAGUCAGCCGCCUUCUCCCACGAUUCAUCGUCCAGGGCAAUCCGCAAGGGAAUACAAACGCGGUCGCCUCUGCCUGUCUCGCAUACGUUCUGAAUAAUCUGUCCCAAGAUGCCAUCAUAACUACCCUUUAUACGUUAGGAAAUGUUCUCAACUCUGGUGCAAGCCAUCCAGAAAAACAUACUUCUGUGCCCAAUGGAGAUUUGGCUUUGGAUGGAGCUGCACAGUCAACUCUUUAUGGAAAGAAUCCUAAUGGAAGUUCUAUAUCCUUGGAGAUCUUCACAGAAGAGGAGACAUCUACUGUAUAUGGCAACGUCGUACAAGCUAUAUGUGCUAUUGCUCAGAAUUGCCAAGACUCUAAAAUUAUUGCAUUGGCUCAAUCUAUGCUUCUGCAAAAGAUCGACAAAAUCAACCAACUAAUCGAUGCUCGUAUUAUCACGGCAGCAGCAGAAUUAUCAUUACAUGGAGGGCCAUUGGAAUUUCGAUCGUUACUCAAACUUUAUAGCAAAAUCACUCAUCUGGGUGUUAUGAAAAAUAAUGAAAUUAUACUUCAUGCUGUGAUGAAAGGUCGAAACCUCCUAUCUUCUCGUCUGCAAAAAGACACUCCUUUGUAUGACAUAUAUUUUGAGAACUUACUAGAGGAUAUCAUUAGCAGAGGCGAUGUCCACCAAGGGCAGAACACACGCGAAGGCGACGUAGAAGCUGCAGCCAAAGAGAUUGCGCAACUAUUGCAGCCCUUGGCAAUCUUUUUUUCAACUAAUAAUAUGGUUUCCAACAAUGACCUUAGCGAGGAGAUGUCAUCUUUAGUACGGGAUGCUUGGUUCAACAUUGUUGUCCAUGGCUUUACUACCAACACUGAGCGUGGUCAGCUGCAUUUGAAAGAAUUACGUAUCUUGGCGAUCCAUUCGAAACCUCUUGUUGCCGAGCAGCGAGGUGAGCAGGUGGAGAGUGAUAUUGAAUUGAAUACAGUAUUGCGUCGAGGAAUCAGUCAAGAUCACGAAACUACACAGAAAAAACGACUCACUGCCCUUCUUCCUAGUAAAGCUAGAGAAAUCGGUGCCCUUAGUUAUCGUAAAGUCAUCUUCCUUCAGGCUGCCUAUUUGGUUGAAACGCUACGGGCUGAUGCAGGCGAUUGCAGUAAAGCGUUGACCUACUUCCUUGAGCCUAGCAUGCGUAGAGGUGAAAUGAGCAGCACGAUGGAAAGUGUCACAGCUGCUGUUAUGGACACUUAUUUACGCAAAUCUUUGACAGGCCUAAACCCAACCUUUUCAGCUCCGUACGUUGCUAAACAAUUGGCUUCAAUAUUUACUGGUUGUUGCUAUCGAAUCGAAAGGGUCCAGCAAGUUGCUAUGAACUGCGCAGACAGGAUAAUUCGAGAUGUGCCAUCUGCUCUGUGUCAAAAAUCCUCUUUGUUUGCACUUCUUGAGCUUUUGUCACUCCUGUGGGUAAGUUGUUUAGAAGCUGAAACCGAUGAGUAUGGGUUGAGAUCUUCCUUUACUUCCGCCAAAGGACAUAUAACUAUCGAAUUGUCUGAUGAUUAUGGUCUCCGUCGUCGCACCCUUGAUGCUUUAUACCGGAAGGCUAAAGGCUGGGUCACAGCAGUGAUUAAUAUUGCUCCUGCAAAUGUAAAGGGUUUACUACAGACGUACCUCUCAGAAUAUGAUGAUGAAGGAGCUUAUGGUCACAUCUCCCUCGGACGGUCAUUCGCUUCCGAGAUGGGUGCAGUCAUUCCAAGUAUGGACCAGAGGCUUGAGGCAAUCGAUCGCCACGGGGAGUGCAAUAUCAAUACGGCCUCUGAUUUCAUUGCUCAAUAUACUACAAGGCAAGAGUACCGAUAUGCAGAAACUCUUCCUGAUCACAACGCCGAAUGGCUACGCUCCAUGCAUCUCGACGAACAUAGACCCUCGAUCACAUCGAAGUCUGACAAGGAUUGUAACGAUGCAGUAUCACUUCUAUCCAAACUUGAAGCACAAAUUCACGCAAAGAAACACAUAGCAAUUAACGAGAUCCGCGAUGUGCUGAGAAGAGCUGCUGCUUUGCUUUGCCGAAGUGACAAAGAUGAAUGUGCUAUUAUCCGCUAUCUUGUUUCCAUACCUUUCGCUAUUUUUACCAAGCAGUCAAUUAAACUUGGGGGCUCUUUGUGGUUUGGCGUUAUUAACGAAAAUCCCAGCAUGGAACCUAGAAUUCUGAUGGAAAUCGCUCAACAAUGGGAAUUGACCUCACAUCGUAAAAUUGGAAUUUUCAAUGGCAUGUUCAUCCAUCAAGAUCCUUUCUAUAUAAAGGAGGAGUUCGCACCUAGCGAUAGGAAAGUACUGGCCAAAAAGCAACAGGCUGUCAACAAUAUGCUUGCUCCCCACACGCGACUUCUACAACUCCUCAGUAGUCAUUUCAACGCGACUCGCCUUGGCAGCCCACAUACCGAGAAGACAUUUUUGAGAAUCCUGGAAAUCACACUGGAUAGCCUUAAACACUCCACGGGGCAUCCGCUUGCUCGAGAAAUAAGAUUUCAGAUCGUCCUCUUCGGCUUAAGAGUCCUGAGACACACCACUACCCUCGAUCUCCCCUCGAAAUGUAGAUUGAAGGACAAGAUUCUCUCUGCUGCCCUUAGUUGGUUCACAUUUGCCCCUCGCUGGUCAUUUGGUGGCAAUCGUCUGCAAUUGAAAGCCGAAACUCGCUUGUUGAAUGAUGUCGUUCUGGCUUUUAAAAGCGUAACCAUGACAGGCUCCAAGCCCACAGCUAUGCUUCAAUUGAUGCAAGCAAAGGAGGAGCUUCUCCAUAUAUUAAUAGAGAGUGAACAGAUAAGAUUGAAUGUUUGGCUCGAUCCUUUACGUCAAGGUCGUGAUAUCCAGGUUCCCGCUCCUGUUAAAGUUCCUAACGAUGCAGCACUACUUCCUCUGGUGAAAACCGCCUGGAACGAAAGUCCAUCUUUGGCGAUUCAACUUGUAUCUAGAUUUCCCUCGGCGAGAUUACACCAGGACAUUCGCUUGCUUUUGCUUCAAUUUCCUGACAAAGCAAUAUCGGAGCCUGAAGCAGUACACAUAUUACUUGGCGACACUUUGCCAUCUGAUGUUGCAUUCCAAAUGAAGUACCUUUUAUACUGGGCUCCUGUCAACCCGAUAUCUGCUGUUACAUAUUUCUUACCGUCAUACCGAAACCAUCCCUUCAUCGUUCAGUAUGCUAUGCGGGCGUUGGAGAGUCAUUCUGUUGAUGUCACAUUCUUUUACGUGCCACAGAUAGUCCAAACCUUGCGCUAUGAUGACCUUGGAUAUGUUGAGAGAUAUAUUGUCGAAACUGCAAAGUUCUCGCAACUUUUUGCACAUCAAAUUAUCUGGAACAUGAAAGCCAAUGCUUUCAAAGAUGAAGAUUCACAAAUUCCUGAUGUUGUCAAACCUACACUCGACAAAGUUACAAAUCGCAUGAUAGAAUCCUUCUCGGGUGUUGACAAAGCCUUCUAUGAGCGUGAAUUCACAUUUUUUGACGAAGUCACUAGCAUUUCAGGAAAGCUGAAGCCAUACAUCAAAAGACCCAAGCCAGAGAAGAAGCAGAAAAUUGAAGAAGAAUUGCGCAAGAUCAAGGUGGAGAUUGGAGUAUAUCUCCCUAGUAACCCUGAUGGUGUGGUAAUUGGCAUCGAUCGACAAUCUGGAAAGCCCCUGCAAAGUCAUGCCAAAGCACCAUAUAUGGCAACUUUCCGCAUCAAGAAAAGUAUAGGUGCAGACAUGGAAGGCACUGAUGAUAUGCUUGAAGAAACCAAUAAAAGCGGAGACACCCCAAUGGAUAAUUCGAUUGAGAUUUGGCAAUCAGCAAUUUUCAAAGUUGGUGAUGAUUGUCGUCAAGACGUUCUCGCUCUCCAAAUGAUCGCUGCGUUCCGUGGAAUCUUCAACAACGUUGGUCUCGAUGUUUACGUCUUCCCGUAUCGUGUUACUGCGACCGCACCUGGUUGUGGUGUUAUUGAUGUUUUGCCAAACUCGAUCUCGCGUGAUAUUCUGGGAAGAGAAGCCGUGAAUGGUCUAUAUGAUUAUUUCAUAUCGAAAUACGGAAACGAGGACUCUCUUAGGUUUCAAGAAGCGCGCGCCAACUUUGUCAAAAGUAUGGCAGCCUACUCGGUCAUCUCUUUCUUAUUACAAUUCAAGGAUCGACACAAUGGUAACAUUAUGAUUGACGACGCUGGUCACAUUCUACACAUUGAUUUUGGUUUUUGCUUUGACAUUGCCCCUGGAGGUGUCAAAUUUGAAAGAGCACCAUUCAAACUUACAACGGAGAUGGUGGCUGUGAUGGGAGGAAGUACUGAACAUCAGGCAUUUAAAUGGUUCGAGGAAUUAUGCGUGAAGGCUUACUUGGCUUCUCGUCCUUACACAGAGAAGCUGUCGCAGCUCGUUAUGCUUAUGAUGGACUCUGGUCUUCCUUGCUUCAAGCCCGAGUCUAUUCAACAUUUCAGGGAUAGAUUUGUGUUGGAAAAGACGGAGGCUGAGGCUGCGGUAUUCAUGAGAGGCCUGGUAAAGAGGAGUUAUGGAAGUUAUUCGACUGGAGUCUAUGAUCAGUUCCAGCUUCUGACUAAUGGAAUUCCGUACUAG